UAUCCAUAUCGCCCAGGAUCGUAACAAUCACAACUCUAGAGUCCGCCGACGUCGUUUCCUUUUUCUCCCUCUUUGCGGAGAUUAUUCUGUGACUGCCCUCAAAUAGAAGUAGAAAGAAACGCAGAAUUUUCGAGGGAAAAAAUCAUGGUGAAAUCGGUGGAGAAUGGGGUAUCAGUGGCGCCGUUCCUGAUCAAGUGCUAUGAGAUGGUGGACGACGAAUCAACGGAUGCCCUCAUUUCCUGGAGUCGAAGUCAACCAUCGUCCGGAGAUUCCACUAGCGAUAGCAGCAGCUUCAUAAUCUGGGACGUCUCUAACUUCUCCUCUCAAUUGCUCCCCAAAUAUUUCAAGCACUCCAAUUUCUCAAGCUUCGUUCGCCAGCUCAACAUCUAUGGUUUCAGGAAAACCGACACAGAUCGUUGGGAGUUCUCAAAUGACAAAUUCAUUAGAGGCCAGAAGCACCUACUAGCAAACAUCAUUAGAAGAAAAAAUGCCCAGAAUUUAGUGCCGAAGAUUUCCACUCAGCAGCAACAGGAGGAAGAGACAAUUCCUUCAACCUCUGAAGAAGACAAGAGCCUCGAAUUGUGGAAAGAAGUCGAAACCCUAAAGACGGAUAAAAACACACUGAUGCAAGAGCUAAUUAAGCUCCGGCAACACCAGCAGAUCUCACAAAGCAAGCUGUUGCUUAUAAGAAAACAGGUGAAGGGUAUGGAGAAAAACCAGCAGCAGAUGCUCUCUUUCAUAGUAAUGGCAAUUCAAAACCCCGGUUUCUUGGUCCAAUUCUUGCAUCCGAAAGAAAACAAUUGGAUCAUGUCAGCUCCCGAGACAGGACCAGCGAAUGUACUUGGUGAAGUGGACGACGGGUGCGGGCUUACCCACUCUGGUGGAACGAUUGUGAAGUAUCAGCCGCGUCUGCAACAUCAUGAAGUUGAUAUUUGCUCCAAUGACAUUGAAGAAGAAAAUAACGACCACUUUACGACUGGUGGGGUCAUGAUGAGAGAUGAGGAUGGCGAGAAAUCAACGGAUGAUUUAGAUUUUUCUCUAGAUGAAGAUGAUAUUAGUAUGCUUAAUGAUAUAUUUGGGAAUAUAGAUUUUUCCACAGGGCCAUCCAACAAUGAGGGCUUCACAGGGCCAUCCAACAAUGAGGGCUCUGACAAUGUGGAACCGAUUGUAAUUUCCGACGUGCGCGAUUGGGAUGAUGAUAUGCUGGAAAUGCUGUUGUCCAGUCCGACCUCAGGGAGAGGAGAAGCUAAGGAAAACGGUCAAAGGGGUCAGGAAGAAGUUGGAGAGGGUGAAGGAGGCAACUUUGAGUUUGAGGGCGGCAUGGAUAAGAUAACGGAACAAAUGGAUCUUCUCACAAAGUUUUGAUAUUGGCUCUUGAACGGGUUCUGUGACUUUCGGGUCAAAUGUUAUUGGUAAUGUUACAUUUUGGUACCUUAACUUUUAAAUGAACCGAAGCGGUACCUUAACUAUACAUAAAUGUUUCGAAUUGAGAUUUUAUUCAAUUUUUUGAUCAAAACAUCCUUCACGACGAUCAAAAUUUCAUGUAUAAAGUCAUCCUAUAGUGACCAUAUGGACAAAAAUAAGGUGAAGUAGACUUUACGUAUAGAAUUCUGGCCGCCACAUGUGAUUUUUUGGUCAGAAAUUUAAAUAAAAUCUCGAUUCGAAACAUUUAUGUAUAAUUAAGGUAUUGUUUUGAUUCAUUCAAGAGUUAAGGUAUCAAAAUGUAAUAUUACCAAAAAUUAAUGUACCAUUUAUGCAUUUGACCCGUGACUUUCUUUCUGGUCACUAAAGAGCACCAUUCCAUUGAAAGGACUACUAUACCCCAGGGCUUAUGUGGGAAUUUUUGUAAAGGUUCAAACUCAUACUAUUUCACAAGUAACCACAUUAUGAAAAUAUCAUUCCCUACGUUCCAAAUAAAUUUGGAAUUUACAAU